GCGAAGUUCGCAGUCGGAGCAGCAUUCAAGUCAUCAAAUUUACCGCCCAUUCACAUCGGAAAAACUACGUGAAAUCAGAACCGACACACGAGUUAUCCGGAAUAAAUUUUAAUUGUAAUAUUAGUGGAAUCGUAAGAAUCACAACUGAAAUCCACAACAAUGCAGGCGAGUGCUUUUCACAAGCUGUUACUACUGCUUCCGGUCGCGUUUUUUGAAAUAGCAAAUGGUGCCGGAGAUUGGACUUACCUGUCGAAUGGAAAGGACUGGGGACACCUCUGCUCCACCGGAAAACUUCAAUCGCCGAUUUCGCUGGAUAUAAAAACCGCAGUUAAGAAGGCAAUACCUCGGGUCUGGUUCGGACACCACACGCAAGAACUGAGCCGCCCCCUAAUAAUUAAGAACAAUGGACACACAAUUCACUUGGACAUACCCAUGACGAUCAAAGGACGGCAACCCUAUAUAGCCGGCGGUCGUUUGAGUGGUCGCUACCAUGCCGUUGGUCUGCACAUUCAUUGGGGAUCCAAGAAUUCCGCCGGAUCCGAGCAUUCGCUGAAAAGGUUUCGAUAUGAUGCCGAAGUCCAUAUUGUUUGCUAUAGCGAAAAGUACAAAGAUAUAAUGGAGGCAGUGCAGCAUAAAGGUGGGAUUGCUGUUGCGGCGAUUUUCUUGGCCGCUGACAAGACAGGCAGAACCCACAUCCACGGGCUAAGCAAGAUUGUGGAUGCAUCCGCACGGACUCCGAUCUACGAAUCGAACGCGACUAUUCCUGGUAGCUAUAGCUUGAAGGACAUGAUAGGGAACGCGAAUCUCGAGCAGUUCUACUCCUACGAUGGCUCACUGACCACGCCCGAUUGCCGCGAGUCUGUCAUCUGGAAUGUGUUUAGCAAAGCUGUACUUGUGAGCUUCGAUGGCUUUGCAAGGUUGUGGAAACUGCGAGACCAUUCGGGCAACAGGCUGAUCAACAAUUUUCGCACUGUCCAAGCGCUGAACAACCGAACUGUGUACUAUAGGAUUAAAAGAUAAACAUAUUGCUGACACCCCAGAA